AUGUCGCCCCGGAGCUUGGUGGCGGCAAACGUGAUGAUCACCGCAUAUGCCCGAAAGGGGCACGUCAUAGAUGCAAAGAAUGUCUAUGAUUCUAUGCUGGAGCACAGCUCCAUUUCGUGGAGUGCUAUGAUCACAGCCUUUGUGUCAACUGGGAAUAUAGGCGACGCCUGCGAUCUCUUACAAGCUUUGCCAGAGAGGGAUAUUACGUGCUCAAACUUAGUCAUUGCGGCAUAUGCCCAAGCAGGGCAUUUGCCUCAAGCCAAGCGCUUGUUUGACGAGAUGCGCCACCGUGAGAUGGCAACUUGGAACGCAAUGCUCGAGGCACUCGCUGGUGCCAGAGACGACGUGAUCGAAAUGGAGAGAUUUUUCGAGACGAUGAUGCCGGGGUGGAGCGCUGCGUCUUUGACAAUACUAGUGACUGCACUGGCUCGCCAUGGCCGCCUUGACGAGGCUCGAGUAGCAUUCGAGACAAGGCCACAGCUACACGACCUUGUCUCGUGGACGGCACUGCUUGCAGGCUUCGCUCUCCAUGGCGAUGGGGAUGACGAUAUCCAAGAGUGCGAGACCAUCUUCUUCCACAAAAUGCCCCUCCACAACCACGUUACUUGGACCAUGAUGCUCGCAGCCUACGCCAGGCACACGGAUCUCUCGCGAAGGGCGUCCGAGUUCUUCCACGAAAACUUGCCGCAGCACUCCAUCGCGUCGAGCAACACCGCUAUGGCAAUCCACGUCCAGGCCGGGAAGAUGGACCGGGCUCGCGCGCUGUUUGAUGGAAUGGAGCUGCGAGACGUCGAGACGUGGGAUCUUCUUCUCAGGGCCACGCCAGCUGACGAGGUGAAUCGAGUGUUCGAGAGAGUGCCCGAGCACACUCCACUGUCGUGGGCUACCAGGAUCACAGCAACCGUGACGAGUCGCCAUCUCGAGAACGCUCUUGCCAUGCUCGACAGCCUGCCCGACCACCACCAUCUCGAAUCGUGGACGAAGCUUAUGAAGUGCUUUGGCGAGCAGGGAUUCUUGGAGACCGCCAAGGCAAUCUUCGAGACGCGAAUGCCCGUGCACGACCGAGUCUCGUCCACGGUGAUGCUGAUGUCGUAUGCCCGGCACGGGCAUUUCGUCCAAGCAAAGGAGAUGUUGCAAAGCUUGCCGGAUAAAGACAUGGAGUCGUGGAACUCCCUGCUCCACGUCAACGUGGCGGACGAAGCCUUGAAAGUUUUCCAGAGGAUGCCUGCUCGAGACGUGGUUUCGUGGACGAGCAUGCUUACGUCCUACGUCCAAGCAGGUCGAGCGGAAGAAGCUCUCCAUCUCUAUCGUUGCAUGAACCUCGAAGGCGAACGGAUCAACAGAGUCACCCUGGUGGCGGCCAUCGAUGCCUGCGCCGAUGCUGCUGCCAUAGCCGACGGACAAGCCAUUCACUUCGGUUACGCUGCACACGACCACUACUGCUGGCCUGACACCAAACGUGACGCUCGAGUAGAGAAUUCGCUGCUGAGUAUGUAUGGACGAUGCGGGAGCUUGGCACAGGCCACGGCUCUGUUCGUCGAGAUGCGCGAGAGAAGAGACUUGGUGUCGUGGAACACCAUGAUCACAGCAUACGCGCAGCGGCAGAGCCGAUCAAACACCUCUGCUGCGCUUGAGGUGUUCCAGCGGAUGAACCAACAAGGUGUCCUUCCCAACGACAUCACUUUCACUGCGCUGCUGUGUGCUUGCAGCCGCUCCGGAUGGCUUGACGCUGCCUGGAGCUUGUUCCGCACUAUGAUCGCCGACUUCGGCCUCGAAGCUUCCACGCGUCACAUCGUUUGCAUGGUCGAUCUGCUCGGACGAGCGGGAAGGCUAGAUGAUGCGGAGAGAGCGAUCCGCGGAGCGUCACUGGCCGAGCUCGGUGUUGCUUGGAGAACGCUUCUCGCUGCCUCGGAGGUGCACGGUAACGCAAACACUGGAGCACGGGCUGCAAAGCUCGCAGCCUCGUCGGCUUGUUCUUCCCGUUCUCAGGCCUACGUACUGCUAUCCAACUUACUGACCACGUCCUAA